AAACAAAACAUUUAAAAUACUAAUCAUUGACUCAAAAGUUUAGACUCGAAGUCAUUGAAUGAAAGCAAUGAAACAAAAGAGUCAACUAUUGAGUCAUAGUUUGCAUACAAAUAGCAGACAAUAGUUGACAAACAAAUUGAUUACCGAUUCGUUGUUUUCGUUGUUUUUGUCCGAAAUUAUCACUCAUUUCGUGGUUUUUUACAAUGGAUUUGCAAUCAUUGGGUCUUCGUUUGUGUCCGUACGACAAGAAUCAUAAAGUAAAGACCAGUCGAUAUCAACAACACAUCUCUAAGUGUGCCAAACGACACGAGAUUAGUAAUCCACUGGAAGAAUGUCCGUUCAAUGCCGGACAUCGGUUCCCGAAAGACCAGAUUAGACAACACAUGUUGCGAUGUCCCGACUCAUUGUCGACACUGAAGUAUUAUGACGAUAGAGAUAACAAUUUGUUGAUGAAAAUAGAGAAGAAGAAUAAGAAAGACAACAAAGUAGAAGAAAUUGAUAAAGACGUCAAUGAUAUCAAAGAAGACGACGGUUGGGGUAAUAGCAGUGGUGGCGCCUCCGCCGCCAGCAAUGACUAUUCGGGUUUCAAUAAGAGCGGGAAAUCGGUUAAUAUGAUUGAAUCGGCGCUCGGAAAGAAUGAAUGGACUGCUGAAGAAGUUUUCGAGGAACGGUUCAUCAAAAGCGCUGGCAAACCGUUCAAUGAUUCCAUUCAUGUCCAACGUAUGAUCAAAUCUGAACGCAAAAAGUAUCAACAAAUGGUUUGUCAAAAGAUAAGAGAAUUGCAAGAAGAAGAAAAACAAUCGCCGAAGCAAUUGAUUAAGACAUCACCAUUUGUGUAUCCAAUCAAUGCUUCGAUGAAUAGAUUUGGAUUUUUACCAGAUUUAGGUCUCUCUAAUGUCAUCAGUUCGACGACUAAGAAACAGAAGACUAACCAAUGGAUUGAAAGCAAUGGAUUAUUCAGACAUUUUGUCGAUCAAUCAGAUGAUAUACGGAUGCCUAAGAAUAUGCCAUUUGCUACUAAAAAGACUGCUUCCGACUCAGAGCCGUCUAACAAAUUUCAGGGCAUCGGUAGGGGUCGAGCUUUCAGACCAAACAACAAACCCUCAAAUUAAUAUUGUAUAUCAUAUACAGUAAUAAUGGCCACAAAAUGUUAUCGAUAUUAUA